AUGCAGAAAUCCCGAUUAUCAACAACAUCAUCGUCCACAAAUCAAAAUGUUCGAGUGAGUAAAAGUGCAACAAAAAAGUCUCCUUCCGACCAGAAAUCUGUAUUGUAUCGACCAAGUUCGAACACAUCAAAGAAAAAGAAAGAAUGGGAUAGCACGAUAUCCAAUUUGAAUGUUUACAAAUUAUCUAAAGAAGAAUUGGAGGCUAAAAAGAAGUCAAGAAUUUCAAAACAUCAAGAAUAUUUCAAGAUUCACAGCCCCGAAUCUUAUCAUCCAAUGAGAUUCAUGAAUGUUGAAAGACCUUGUUCGGCACCUCCUUCUAGAGUAAAACCUCUCGUCAGUACACCUACAAAAGAGCCCUCUGCAAAACAGACCCCAAAAACAGUUCCAACCACAUUAAAGUCGAAAAACUCCUCAAAAACAUCAAAAAUUUCCUCUAACACCACCCUCCCAUCCUUUAAUAUGGACCUUAACAACACUCAAUUCUUGAAUCUAUCAAAAUUCAAGCAAGAGUUUCCUCAGUUGGAUCUUCUUCCAUUAACCUCUCGAAUACUUCAGCAAGAAAAUUCUGAAACUUCAAGUGAAAGUGACAAGGAUAAAAGCCUAACCAAUGGGGCAGAUAUUUUCCAAGAAGAUGACUUUCAUAGGUUUGGAGAAUGGAGCAGUAACAUGCAUGGUACCUACGAUGAAGGACCAGCUUUUGAAGCAGCCAGCCGAAACAGAGAAACAGAAUUAGAUUUUAUUAAGAACGAGCUGCUGGAUCUUCGAUCGAACGUUUUGUUCAAAAAGGAGAGUGAAUCAAAAGCUAUUGAAAAUCUUCUUGAAGAGAAGACCAGGAGAGAGAGUGAGUUAGAGGAAAAAGCAAGCUAUCUUCAACACGAACUUGACAUUUCUCGAAAAUCUUAUGAAGAUCUGGAUCGCAGAUUUUCACAAUAUCGAAAAGAAAACGAAGAACGAACAAUCUCUCUUUUGCAAAGAAUUGACGAACUCGAAAAGGCCUUAAAGAACUCUCAAAACAGAGAGGACGAACCAUACGUCUCUCAUUGUCAGGAACAAAAGGAAGAUCCUGCAACAGACUAUGUCAUUAAUGGCAGAAGCGUUCUCAAAAGCAUUGAAGACACUGUCAUAUUUACACCAAAGAAAAAUCAGACCACACCUCCCCAACCAGUCAUGCAACUCGAUACAAAACCAGUACUCAGAAAAUCCUCUCCAAAAGAUCAAUCCCCUGCUCAUAAUCAUUUUUUGGAUGAAAAUAAGGAAAAUAUUGAGAUUGUGAAGAAUGGAGACGAAUGUUCGCCGUUCUCAACUUACCGAUAUCCUGUACAAUUUACUGACAACGCUAUUGAGAUCCAUCGGCCGCUCAUCAUUGGCAGAGACUUCUCAAGCACUCUGCAAAGCAAUCAACUUCCAUCCAAGCAAAACAAGGACUUUUCUCCUCCUUCAUCCUUUGGAAAUAACAGCUUGCAACACUCCAUGCUUUCAAACAAAGUCAAGAAAUUUAACAUUCGUGAAAAACAUUGA